UUCUAUAGUUACAAUCAAUAGCCCACAUUUGAACAAAGCUGAAAAUAUAAUGAAAUUGUCAAGUCAAAAUGAACCAAGUGAACCCGGAAGAGAAAAUGAUGCAUGAGAUUGACGGCAAAGAAGUACCCAGUGGUGAUAAAUCGAAUGAUGACAUUCGUUUUCAAAAUGCAACUAAUGACAAUAAUGUCGCCGCCAUCAAUGUUAAAGGAUUGAAGGCUGAAUCCGAGAAUAAUGAAUUUGAAAUUGCUGAAGCCAAGAAAAAGCGAGAAAGAGAGCCUCUCCAGGUAUGCAAAUGGAUGGCAGAACGUACAAAUAUGUUCUUUGGAAUAACCCUGGGUUGCCAGAUCUCCUUCUUGGUACUUACGGUUAUUUUAGUCAUCAGGGGGUAUGACAUCGUCCCCUUCAAGCUUGACAAACUGCCGUUAGAUCUUAUAGACGAUCCUGAUUUUCUGAGGGCAAAGGCCUGGAACCAACGGGGCACGUUGAUGGAACGCACUCUUGAAUCAGACGCCGAUGCGGUUGUUCCGAACAGAACCGAAUCCGGUGAAGUAGUGGAACUCUUCUACGAAGUAAGAGGUGGAAAUGUCUUCACAAAAGCAAAUCUACAGAGAAUUAAAGAUGCCGAAGAUUCGUUUUAUCAAAAUGAAAAAUUUGUCGAAGGAUUCUGUAAGUUAGAUAUUUCAAGUGGGGAAUGUGCCAAGUCCUAUUCGGUUCUUAGAUUCUUCGAUGGUACGUAUAGUGCUCUUGAUCCCAUUUUCAAUGACCCAAAUUUCGAUGAUAUAGUCAAUGUUUUAGACAAAGCCGAUGCUUUGGCGACUACUAAAACAAUGUUGCAAAUAUUCCUUGGAAAGACAGCCAUCAUUGACGCAACCGAUAAUAUAGCAAGAUCUGAGAUAACCCGCUCCUACAUGUACCUAGGGAUCCCACUGCCUGGUUAUGAUAAUUCAACCGACAGGGAGGAAUCUCAAAAGGAGAAAAUAAAGAGUUUCAUGAAAUUAACAUUAGGGCCAAUCCUAGAACGUGUUUCGAAAAGUGGAUUGGGACCAAUCGACUUCAUUUAUGGUAGCUCUACUUUACUAGGGCUUGGAAUCGGAAGUCAGGCCAUGGCCGACAUGAUGCUCGUGAUGGCGAGUUUGGGAUUCAUUUUUAUCUUCAUGUUGAUUCAAACGAGAUCAUUGAUGGUGACUGGACUAGGGAUAUUCUCGAUCAUGACCAAUUUUUGUAUGGCCAAUCUCAUCUACCGUAUUGUCUUUGACUUUAUAUAUCUCAGUAGCUUCCAUAUUCUGUCCAUGUUCAUCAUCCUCGGCAUUGGAGCUGAUGAUAUUUUUGUCUUCUAUGACACCUGGAGAAUAAGUUGUCAAUAUGAAUACCUAAGCCUGGCUCAUAGAUUAUCAGAUGUCUACAGAAAGGCAUCAGUUGCUAUGCUGUUUACCUCACUGACGACAGCUGCUGCGUUCUUCAUUGGUGCAUCUUCCCCGUUACUAGCCGUGAACUCGUUUGGUUUGUUUUCUGGGAUAUUGGUCACCGUUAACUAUAUCUCAGUGGUACUAUUCUUUCCUUGCGUCGUCGUGAAAUAUCAUAAAACUUGGAAAGACUGGAGUUGGUGGUGCUGCCGAUCAUGUGUGACACCAGCUGGUUCAACAACAACCGAUGUGCACGAGAGUGUUAAUUUGGAGGGCGCAAAUGAUUCUAAUGAGGAAAUAGCAUCAAAUGACAAACGUGAAAAUGCGAUUGGAGAAAACGUUGUUGUCAAGUUUAUGAGUGGGCCCUACUUCAAAUUCAUCACCCAUCGUGUCGUAAAAUGGUUGGUGUUGGCUUUUUUCAUAAUCCAGUUUUCGACGUUUGUUUACUUUAACACCUUGCUAGAGAUCAAUGAGGAACAGAUCAAAUUUCUAAAAGAUACAUCUAACUUUGGGAAGCUGUUUGACAGACGUGCGAAUGCCUUUAUGCCAAGCAAUCAGGAUCCUAAUAUGAAAGUGUACAUCGCUUGGGGCCUAAAAAAUCAAGAUAUGAGCGGGUGUCAUAAAACCGACACAGCAUGCGAAGGUGUCACUGUCUAUGAUAACACGUUCAACUUGAAUGACGCGGGGACACAGCAAGCGUUGAAGUCAUUCUGUGCAAAAUUGAAGAGCCUGUCGCAAGUGGACGUUGACCGAUUGCGAAUUAGGCGAAAUAUAAUUACAAAUGACUUGGAGGUCCAAUGCUUUAUAGACGAUAUGGAGACUUUUCUCAAGGCUGACGAGAGUGCGACUGUGACAAUACCUCCAGCUCCGGCUGCAAACAAAUAUAGUUCUCCUGUUAACCUGAGUCUACCAUGGGUCAAAUCUAACGUUGAGGAUAUAAUGAACGGGCUAUGGACCAACAACUUUUACAAUACAUCCAGUCUACCCUUGACUUACAACAAUUAUUUUGAGAUCGCACUCGACUACUGGUUAUAUAAUGGGCUUGAUUUCUCCGAUCCAUUACUACUUUCGGAAAAUCAAAUAAAAUAUGGAAGCCUGCUAGGAGUGAGAGAGAUACCAGGAGUGACGCAACAAGAAACAAUGACUGCUGGGGCAAAUACGAUAUAUGGGCCAAAAUAUGGAACAAGACUACAAUACGCUGCAAUCAUUGUCAACACCACUCUUGUGACAACCAAAUUGGGCUACCCCACUGGACUACCUGUCAGGGAUGCCUGGGAGUCAUUUGUUACACGGGAGAUAAAGAAGAUGCCGGUCCCAUUGAAAGGAGGAUUCCAAUGUACACCGAUUGGCACAGGAUGGCAUUGGUUAAAGGUGCAAAGGAGUUUGGACUACUCUGCGACAACUGGAAUUAUAAUUGGUCUGUGUAUAGCGUUCCCAAUCCUCGUCAUAGCAACCAAGAACAUUAUAGUGGGUUUCUUUGCCACGUGUACCAUCACAUUGAUAACGUCAGGUGUUUGUGGGAUGAUGCCAAUAGCAGGGUGGAAGUUAGGGGUUUUAGAGUCUCUAAAUCUGGUACUGGUCGUUGGACUUUCGGUGGACUAUGUGGUCCACAUGGCAGAGGGGUACAGUCGUUCGCCAAAGAGAGACCGACUAGGAAGGGUACAUUCGAUGUUGGAGGAAGUAGGCGUUUCUGUCAUAAGUGGCUCGAUUACAACUCUUGGAGCUUCGGUGUUUAUGUUCUUCGCUGAAAUCCUCUUCUUCACGCAGUUUGGAAUUUUCAUAUUCUCAACUAUUGGAUUUUCGUUGAUAUACGCUUUGGGGUUCUUCACAGUUGGGUUGGUACUUUUAGGCCCACAAAAUGAUUUUGGAUCUAUUAUGCCUAUUGCAAGAAGACUGAAGCUAAAAUUCAGCCAGUUAUUUGGAGAUUGUCGAAAAUAAAUCCUACGGAGAAUGAACCACCAACUGAAACGUUCUGAAAACAAAUGGUAUGAAUGACUCACGCUCUACAGAGUCAGUGCAAUUCAAUAGGCUCGAUAAUUUCGGUCCUGUACAGCUUGUGAUUGGUUCAAAAUAGUAAAUGAAUUAGAUGACAGGGUGUUUAGGAGAUUUAUCUUUUUUUUAAGAAAUUGAACAUUUAUUCAAUUACGAACAGAUACGAUUUUUAGGAAUUAAAAUCAAAUACGUUUAUUUCCAAUCCAUGGAUGAUCUAAGACCUACAGCAUGGAUGGACACGUUGGAAUAGUUCGGAUCCGCAAAACUGGAUCUGUGGCCACAAAUUGUUUCAAAUAAUUUUCAAAUUCCUUCCAUCUAACCAUGGACCUCCUCUCAAUAAAUAUGUUAUUUCUAAAAAUAUGCGUUAUUAAGUUUCAUGACAUGCCCUCAAAUCAUCUCCAUUAAAAAGUCUCAUGAGUUCUGGGUCACUAUGCACUUCGAAAGAUCUUGCAGUUUGAUGAUUCUGCACAUUUUUCGAUAAAGCAACAGCAUAAGAUAUACUUUACAUUCUUUAUUUUAUACAUGUUAAUUGUAUGUUGGUUGAUACAUUUUAGUAAAGUCUUUCAUACUAGUCCAUUUGCGUUUUAACAUUUCAAUAUAAUUUCGAAGGCCUACAUAAGUACUGUUUCUAUGGGGAAGCGUUCUUAAACUGAAACACCAGCAUAGGCGUAGCCGGGGG